UCCUCCGCUGCGCCCCCGCCAUGCCUGUGGGCUCCUCCGUCACUUCUCUCCGACCUGCCAGAGCCCUUGAUCGGCUGUGCCUGCUGAGAGUUCUGGAGAACUUUUUCCACCGCGUGCACUUAUCCUGGGGGCGCGGGGGUGGGGGGGAGACCGAGGCCCGCGUUGGACUGUUACGUUCACUUUUGGUGGAACAAAGUUAAGAUGGCUCGCGCUCGCGGCCGUCGCCCUUAACGGAACCGCGCUAUGCUGCCCCUCCUGACCAGGCUGCUGUGCUUGUGGGUGUGCGCCGAGGCCGUCGCGCGAGACGCGGAUGAGCACAGCCGACCCUGGCGCACGUUCGACGGGGCGACGUCGCGGGACGUCCUCUAUCCGAAGUCUGAGUCGUCCGAAGUCUCCGCGGCGCUUCUCCCGAGCCCGGCGCGUCGGGGGAGUGGACGAGGAGCGGAAGCGGAGGAGCGCUCCAGCGAAUGCCCGCACGGAGCGAGGGCGGCGGCGGCGGCGAGAAGGCGCACGCACCGGCGAGGUGAGCGGCUGCGUCGCCGGGCCUCGCCGUCACUCUCGACGCAGGAGCAAGACCUCGACCCGCCUUCGCCUUCGCCUUCCAACGCCAGCGACUACGACGACCGCGCGGAGCCCGGCUUCACCGACGCCCCGCCUUUGGAGCCGUCCACCCCGCGGAGCAAAGUCAAGCGGGUGAGGAACCCGUUCUACCCGCCGGGCGUCGGGGCGCUCGGCGCUUACGCGCUGCUGGCGGCCGCCGUGGCGCUGGUGUGCGUGGGCGUGCUGGGCAACGUGUCGCUCAUGUGCAUGGUGUGCCACAACUACUACAUGAGGAGCACCUCCAACUCGCUGCUGGCCAACAUGGCGCUGUGGGACUUUUUGGUCCUUUUCCUGUGCCUGCCGCUGGUGCUCUUCCACGCGCUGACCGACGACUGGCUGCUGGGGGAAAUGUCCUGCAGGCUCGUCCCCUUCCUGGAGGUGGCCUCCCUCGGGGUGACCACGUUCACUCUGUGCGCCCUGUGCAUCGACCGCUUCCGCGCCGCCGCAAACGUGCGCUCGUACUACGAGAUGACGGACAACUGGGCCUCCGCCGCCGCCAAGCUGGCCGUCAUCUGGGUGGGCGCCCUGCUGCUGGCCCUGCCCGAGCUCCUCAUCCGCCAGCUGGUGACGGAGGAGGCCGACGGCGCGGCGGGGACGGCGUGCGAGCGCUGCGCGGUGCGCGUGUCCACCCGGCUGCCGGACGCGCUGUACGUCCUGGGCCUGACGUACGGCGGCGCCCGCCUGUGGUGGUUUUUCGGCUGCUACUUCUGCCUACCCACGCUCUUCACCAUCUUCUGCUCUCUGGCCACCGCCCACAAGAUCCGCGGUACCGAGCGAGCGGCGGCGCCCACGCGUGGCACCAAGAAGCAGAUCCGGCUGGAGAGCCAGAUGAACUGCACGGUGGUGGCGCUGGCCAUCCUCUACGGCUUUUGCCUCAUCCCCGAGAACGUCUGCAACGUGGUGGUGGCCUACAUGGCGGCGGGGGUGCCUCCCCGGACCCUGGACGUCCUGCACCUGUUGAGCCAGCUUCUCCUGUUCUGCAAGGCGGCCGCCGCCCCGCUGCUGGUCCUGUGCCUGUGCGAGCCUUUCCGCCGGGCAUUCCUGGACUGCUGCUGCUGUUGCUGUCGGGAGUGGGGCCACCCCAAUCCCAGGUCGUCCGCGGACGCCGGCGGUGUUCCCAACGAAGAGCUGGAGCUGACGUGCGGUGACGACGGGGAGACGUCCACCGCCCGCGCCGCAGUCGGCACCCGCUGCUGAGAUCAAAAAUUUUGCGGGCGACAAUUUUACCUUUACGGAAUUUGUCAAAAACAGUUUACGCUGGAUCGGAAACGUAUCUCUUCCUGGACUCGCUAGCGAUCCCCGUAACCGUGGCAACCAGAGCUCUUAGGCUAAUACUGUCGUAACCUCAGGCAGACGUCGUGUUUUUUUAAUAGCCGGCCUCGGCCGUGGCAGUCACCGCUGUAGUGAAGCUAGUGUCGACCCGCCCUUGUUGCUACUAGUUUUACUAGUCACAGUUGUUGCUAAACAAAGUCAGCACUAGUUCCACUUUUGAGCUAGUUGCGCUUGCCGCUAGUGGCGCUGGCUGCGAGUGCAGACGGCAUCGACCACUGCUGACAUGUGGCUCGGGUGACAUGGGACUCAAUCGCAGCACGCUGCAAAAAGAGAAGAGUUAAUAAAGAGUCCGUUCGUCUCUACUGUGGCAGAGUACACACGGGAGAGUCAACUUCACAGUCAGGAGGGUGAGCCUGUGAAGAUAGGGACUCCAUCUUCAGCCAAAGGGAUGCAAUGCUUCGGAAUCCACAGAAAUCAGGUCAGGAGAAGGUAAGAUUUCACCGUUGCCUUGAUCCAGAGCACAACAGGGACACUUGGACUCUGUUGAAAUUGUAGAACAGGAAAAUGUCACGAGGCGCAACUCUCACGGUGUCCCGCUGUACUUUCUUGCAUGUACCACAAACAUUUUGACAUUUGACUGCAUUGUUAACAACGCUACGGUCACUGGUUGGACUAGCUGUGAUGUAACUUUCAGCGCUUCUCCCUCACUAGCCAACGGAAACACGCCCGCACAACGGGAAGUUUGCCAGUUAUUUUUCUCGUCUUUCGGUUCUGCCAGCGCCGACCUGUAGGCGGCGGUCAACAAGUGUCACGAUAGUGCUUUCGCUUCCUGCGUAGCCAUGUUCUCUUGAGACAUUUUGUAGCCACGUGAAUGAUCAUUAAAAAGGU